UAUAUCCUGGUUAAUUAUUAUAGCGCCGCCUGGUUCGCUUCUCUGAGACUCCGCGACGGUACGGCGCGCCAAAUUCUCAUUUAGAGAUUUCAUUAAACCCCCGCAUUUUAAGAGAUCUCCAAAUGCUGGCAAAAUCCACACGGUUUACAUAUUAUUUCAAAAUGAAUUCUCUCUCUCUCUCUAUAUAAAUAUAUAUUUAAACUGCACGAGUAAAUAUACGCGUGAUUCAAUUUGAGAUAUCUCGAACGUGAUUUGGAGAUAUCUUUUUAAAUAUUGUCAAGAUAUCUUCAAUUGCAAUUUGAGAUCUCUCUGAAAUUGUAAUUUGGCGUGCCGCCCGCUUGAGUCGUUUCAUUUUUUGCUGAGUCGUUUUAAGGCGGCGAAAAGUUUGAAGGAACCCGGAAAUAAAAGUGAAAAUUCAAUUCAAAACAGGGAAGAUGGCAUCGCCUGGAUCAUCGCCAGCAAAACAGGAGGAUGAGGAGGAGAAAGUCGCAUCAGAGGAAGGCAGGGGAAGCAGCCCCCCGACCCCAACCCCCCCUCACUUGUCAGAGAGCAGCUCUCAGCAGGUGGAGGAGGGGCAGCAGCAGACUGGAGAGAGGCAGGAUGAGCCGGGGGCCUCCUCCCCUCCCCCGGGCAAGACGAGAAGGAAGAGCUUGAGCCCUCCUCCCAGCAUGUCAGAGAGCCGCACCCAGCAGGUGGAGGAGGGGCAGCAGCAGACUGGAGAGAGGCAGGAUGAGCCGGGGGCCUCCUCCCCUCCCCCGGGCAAGACGAGAAGGAAGAGCUUGAGCCCUCCUCCCAGCAUGUCAGAGAGCCGCACCCAGCAGGUGGAGGAGGGGCAGCAGCAGACUGGAGAGAGGCAGGAUGAGCCGGGGGCCUCCUCCCCUCCCCCGGGCAAGACGAGAAGGAAGAGCAUGAGCCCUCCUCCCAGCAUGGCUGGGAGCAGCUCUCAGGACGAGGAGCAGCCCGGACCCUCCACUGAUCCUGGAAAGAGAAAGAGAGACUCCAGCCCCCCUCCUCCCGGCCAGAGCGGCGAGACCAGGAACAGAGAAGACUUCUUAAAAUAUUUCUGUGAGCUCACACUGGACCCCGACACCGCUCACAGGAACCUCCAGCUCUCCACGGACAGCAGGAGCGUGUCGUGGGGGAGGCAGCCUCUGCCGCAGCCCGACCUCCCUCGGCGCUUCCACACGGUGCCCCAGGUGCUGUGCCGCGAGGGCCUGUCCGGGGAGCGCUGCUACUGGGAGGUGGAGUGGACGGGGGACUGGGCUCUCAUCGGGGUCACCUACGCUGGGAUUGGGAGGAAAGGCUGGGCCGGGGACUGCGUCAUCGGGGGCAGCGACCAGUCCUGGAGCCUGGACUGGGACGGGACCACCUACACCGCCUGGCACCGGAACCAGGAGACCGAGAUCGCCGCCCCCUACUCCCCCCGGAUCGCCGUGGACCUGGACCCCCUGGCCGGGACGCUCUCGUUCUACAGCGUCUCCCCCGAGCGCUCCACGCUGUCUCUCCUGCACGUCUUCCGCGCCACCUUCACAGAGCCGCUGUACCCCGGGGUUCAAGCUGUGCCACGACUCCACCAUCACCCUCUGCCAGCUGGGACCGGCGCGCAGCCACCGUGUGUGUGUGUGUGUGUGUGUCUGUGUGUGUGUGUGUGUGUGUGCGUGUGUGUGUGACCCUGAGCGAGUCGCUUCACCUCCUUGUGCUCCGUCCUUCGGAUGAGACGUCAAACAAACGAGCUCCUAUUGGAAGUGACUCUGCAGCAGCCACUGACUCCCUGUGUGUGUGUGUGUGUGUGUGUGUGUGCGUGUGUGUGUGUGUGUGCGUGUGUGCGUGUGUGACCCUGAGCGAGUCGCUUCACCUCCUUGUGCUCCGUCCUUCGGAUGAGACGUCAAACAAACGAGCUCCUAUUGGAAGUGACUCUGCAGCAGCAGCAGUUGUUGAUGAUGCAGAGUUCACCCUCCUAGUCUCUGGAAGUCGCUUUGGAGAAAAAGCCUCCACUGAACGACUUAUUAAUAAUAAUAAUACUAAUAACAAUAAUACUAAUACCACGACUAAUAAUACUGCUCAAUGUGAAAGAGACUGGGAUGGAG